AUGAAAAAUGCAGCUAAAUUUGUUCCAAGUGUGAAAAAUGUAGCUAAAUUUGUUCCAAGUGUGAAUAACGCAGCUAAAUUUUUUCCAAGUGUGAAUAAUGAAACUGAAAAUGAUUCAAAUAGUGAAUGGGCAGCUCCAGUUGGCCUAUUAGAGGCAGCUCCUACUGGCCCAUUAGAGGCAGCUCCUACUGGCCCAUUAGAGGCACCUCCUACUGACACAUUAGAGGCACCUCCUACUGGCCCAUUAGAGGCACCUCCUACUGGCCCAUUAGAGGCACCUCCUACUGGCCCAUUAGAGGCACCUCCUACUGACACAUUAGAGGCACCUCCUACUGGCCCAUUAGAGGCACCUCCUACUGGCCCAUUAGAGGCACCUCCUACUGGCCCAUUAGAGGCAGCUCCUGGCCCAUUAGAGGCAGUUCCUACUGGCCCAUUAGAGGCACCUCCUACUGGCCCAUUAGAGGAACCUCCUACUGGCCCAUUAGAGGCACCUCCUGGCCCAUUAGAGGCAGCUCCUGGCCCAUUAGAGGCAGCUCCCACUGGCCCAUUAAAGGCAAUUCCUACUGGCCCAUUAGAGGCAGCUCCUGGCCCAUUAGAGGCACCUCCUACUGGCCUAUUAGAGGCAGCUCCCACUGGCUCAUUAGAGGCAGCUCCUGGCCCAUUAGAGACAGCUCCUGGCCCAUUAUAUGCUGAUCCUACUGGGCCAUUAGUGGUAGCUCCUACUAGCCCAUUAAAGGCAGCUACUAGCCCAUUAGAGGCAGCUCCACCGCCCUCAACAACAGAUGACUUAAACAAAUGUGAUAUGAUCACAACAUACAAAAUACUGAGAGAAAUAAAUAAGGUGGACAAGGAAUGA